GUUGUUAAAAUUAUUAUGGGCUUUCCAUGCAGUCAAGAAAAGAUCAGACCAGAAAAGGAGCUUCAAAAAGCUGCAUCAAAGAUUUCGCAGUUGAAGCUUCAAAUUCGUGAAGCUUUCCACCAGCUGCAUACCUUGUUAUUAGAGGGAGUUCUUGAAGAAGCUGCAUUUGAUUCACAGGGUCAAGUGAAUAGUGAGGAUAUUUUCUGUGCAAAGUGUAGGUCAAAAGACUUGUUUCCAGAUAAUGACAUUGUCCUUUGUGACGGGGCGUGUGAUUGUGGGUUUCAUCAGAAAUGCCUUGAGCCUCCUCUGGCAACUGAAGACAUUCCUCCUGGUGAUGAAGGUUGGCUCUGCCCAGGGUGUGACUGCAAACUUGAUUGUUUAGAUUUAGUCAAUGAUUACCUGGGCACAGAAUUUGAACUUGAGGAUAGUUGGGAGAAAAUUUUUGCCGACACAGCUGCCAUUGUAGCUGGAGAUGAGGUACCCCUUGACUUAGAGGACAUGCCAUCUGAUGACACAGAAGAUGAUGAUUAUGAUGCUGAUGCUCUGGAAUUACCUGAUGAUAGACAGCAGGAGGGCUCAAGAUCUGAAGAGAGUUUUGGCACAAAUGAUACUAGCAACUCAAGUGAUUCAAGCAGUGAUGAUGAAGGUUAUGAAAGUGGUGAAGGUUCUGAAAGUGAUGAGGCCUCUCAAUCCUCCUUAGAAGGUGACUCAGAGAAUUUCAGUGAGCACUUGGUGGGCUCAAGAAAGAAAAAGUUUAAAAUGGCCAGGGACAAGAAUGCUCAGGAAAUUUCUGAACUGCCCAAAAUUUCGGAUGUAGACGAGAAAGAUGAUAUUACUUCACCUGUCUCAGGGAAAAGGCAUCGUCGAGAAGUUGACUAUAAGAAGCUUCAUGAUGAGUUGUAUGGAAUUGAUGCUUCUGAUAAAAGUAUGAGUGAAGAUGACGAGGAAUGGGGAGUUGGAAAGCGGUCAAAGAAAGGAAGUUUGGCAAAUAUGGAGCAAGGCACUUCUAGUAUGUCAAAAGGAAAGCAGCUUGGUAAUAUAUCAGCAUCAAAGAAAAAAGUGAAGGCACUUGAUGUGAAGGCUCCAGAAGAUAACAAUAGAUCAAAUUCAACAUUGUUCAAAAAAGGAAAAAGUGAGAAAGAAAAUGGAGGAAGUGCAGUGGCACAGGAAAUAAAGCAUAUUGAGCAGGAGUUUAAUGCAGAAAUUCCACCAUUAGAUGCCAAAUUUCUUACAAAAGAAAAUGCUGCCAGGCAACAGCAGCGUGAGAAUUCUCCAGCAUCAGCCAACCAAAAUACAUCUUCUAGGGUGCUUACUUCUGCAGUUGAGAGGAUAGGUGAAGUAAGUCAGGAGUGGGGCCCGCUAGAUAAGGAUUGGACUAAAGUCAAUUUUGAUGGCGCUUCUAGGGGAAAUCCCGAGGUCUCUGGUGCUGGAUUCAUAGCCCGGGAUGAUUGUGGCAACAUUCUAGCCAUUGGAGCUAAAAGAUUGGUGGAUGGGUCGAACAAUGAUGCUGAGUGUCAAGCGGCUUUAGAAGCCAUCCUAAUGGCUAAGAAAUUGGGAGUGAAGAAACUCCACCCGGAGGGAGACUCUCAGAUUGUCGUGAACGGGAUAGCUAUGUUGUCGGGUAAUUAA